CCUCAAGACAAAGUCAAAACAGCUGGACUCAACAGCAGUUGUGCAUCGCAUUUUGUGCCACGCUACGGUAGAACUUAGGUCCCUCUAUCACAUUUUGGCGCCGUCGAUGACUAAAAGUGCGAUAGUAAGUCAUUUAAAAAAACAUAAAAAAAAUAAAAACAAAAAUUUUAAAAAAAUGCAAUGAAGGGUUUCUAAUUGAAUAUAAAGAAGCCUCGAAGCAGUAAGACGGCAGUGUUGUUUAUGAUGAAGGGUGUGUCUGGCUCAUGUGCGUGGACGAGCACAAAAAAAAAAAAGAAGGGAGGCGGUCUCUCAGGCAAAGUCAGCCACGCGCUCCUUCCCAAAGAAAAGCGAUUUGAUGAUCUACUUCAUGCAAGCGUCUCCCCGGUCGACGUGUGUUGUCUUCGCUGCGACAUUGCGGAAAUCCCACGGAGCCGAAACCAGCAGCGGCGAGCCCAGGAGUGCAUUUUCUUCCACCAUGUACCAAAUGGUUCGAAAUCUGUUUUUUACCGACUGCCGGUGCGCAUCGGAUGCUUCCAAAAGUUACGAGGAGCUGUUCGCCAAACUCGACACGAACAAGGAUGGGAAAGUGGAUGUGUCGGAGCUGAAGGCAGGCCUGGCUGCCAUGGGCAUCCGGACCCGGAAAGGAGCGGCUCGGAAAAUUGUUUCAUCUGGAGACCAGAACCAAGAUGAAGGGCUCGACUUCAACGAGUUCUCCAAGUACCUGAAGGAACACGAGAAGAAGUUACAACUGACCUUCAAGAGCUUAGACAAAAACAAUGAUGGUCAAAUAGACUUCAUGGAGAUCAAGCAGUCCCUUGCAGAUCUUGGGCUGGACAUCGGCAAAAAGGAAGCAGAGAAGAUCCUUCAGAGUAUUGAUGGAGAUGGCACCAUGACUGUGGACUGGAAUGAAUGGAGGGAGCAUUUCCUAUUAACCACAGCUACCAACCUUGAGGAGAUUGUCCGAUAUUGGAAACACACGACGGUGUUGGACAUUGGUGACAGCCUCACCAUCCCAGAUGAGUUUACGGAAGAGGAGAAGACCACAGGUUUGUGGUGGAAGCAGCUGUCUGCGGGGGCCAUGGCCGGGGCAGUGUCCCGUACAGGAACUGCCCCACUGGACAGAAUGAAGGUCUUCAUGCAGGUCCACGCUUCCAAGAGCAACCAAAUCAACUUGGUCAGUGGUUUCAAGCAAAUGUUGAAAGAAGGAGGCUUGGCGUCUUUGUGGCGAGGAAAUGGCAUUAAUGUCCUGAAGAUUGCCCCAGAGACUGCCAUUAAAUUCACGGCCUAUGAGAAGUAUAAGAAGAUGCUGUCCAGCGAACCAGGGAAGAUCAAGACACAUGAGAGGUUCAUUGCAGGAUCGCUUGCUGGAGCAACAGCGCAAACAGCCAUCUACCCCAUGGAGGUGAUGAAGACCAGGCUAACCCUGAGGAAGACAGGGCAGUACUCGGGAAUGUUUGACUGUGCCAAGAAAAUCCUGAAAAAGGAAGGCGUUAAGGCAUUCUACAAGGGCUAUGUUCCUAAUAUUCUAGGAAUCAUUCCAUAUGCUGGGAUAGACCUGGCUGUUUAUGAGAGCUUGAAGAACUUGUGGUUGUCCCGCUAUGCCAAAGACACAGCCAACCCGGGUGUGCUGGUGCUGCUGGGCUGUGGUACCAUCUCUAGUACUUGUGGCCAGUUGGCCAGCUACCCCUUGGCUCUGGUCCGCACCAGGAUGCAGGCACAAGCUUCUCUCGAGGGUGCGGAGCAAUUGCACAUGAAGCAGAUGGUGAAGAAGAUUCUAGAGAAAGAAGGAUUCUUUGGACUUUACCGUGGCAUCUUGCCCAAUUUCAUGAAGGUGCUGCCAGCCGUCAGCAUCAGCUAUGUGGUGUAUGAAUAUAUGCGGUCAGGCUUGGGUAUACAGAAGUAGGACAAACAUGUAGCCUGCUGUCAUUUUCAUGUCUGUCUUCCAACAAAUUGGGAAACUAUAAAAUGCAAAAAUAGACUGUGUAAACUGAGGUGACGUAGCCAACACUAUAUAAUCUUGAAAUGGCAUCCCUUCUAUAGUGCAGCUGUUACUGACAGUACACUUUUGGUUUAAAAAUGCCAUUUUAUAUUUACGAAAUUCAUAGUUGAUUAACAUUUGAUUUAUAUUCACUAAAAUUGAACAGCAACAACAAAGAGAUGCGAUGCUUAUUAUAAUUGCCUUGAAAGAAAAAAAACGUUUUUGUUUUUUAAAAUUCUUUAACAAGCAGGGAUAAACCGUCCAUAAGCGUUUUGAUGUUGGUCUCUCUAAAAAAAAAACAAAAAAAAAAAAAACGUUUUUUGUUUAAAUUGGGGGGAAAGAUUUGAAAAAAAAAAAAUUGGUAAGAAAUCGGGGGAACAAAACAGCGAACAGGUGAAUCCGCGGCUGCCGAACCACAAGGAUGCGGGGAUCCACUGUAACGUGCAUGUUUCUGAAAAGAGUAUAAGCAAACUCCACACAGGAAGCCUGGAGUCAAGAUUCAAACCCUUCAGAACUGUGAGGCACACUUGCUAAUCCCAACGCAAAGAUUUUGUAUCCACUAAAUUCAUAUACAGUAUUUUCAAUUGAUUAAUCGUCACAAACACCAGAGGAACGUGUGCUUACCGUGAAACUUCAGAAAAUAAGGGGACACAUACAAUACAUAAUUAAAUCAUAAGUGAAAAUUAAUAUACAAUAAAGCCAUGAUGUAAUGUUUUUAAUAAAUGAUUGCACUUCAACACAGAAAGUUACAUUAUUUAGCUGAGAAACGGACGUUUUUUUUAGCAAGGCAGUUCAGCAGUUGUCUGAAUGUUUGAUUCAUCAUAUGGAGGCUACUAAAUGAGGCAGACCUUUACAAAAUUAACAUUGUUACAUUGACUUGAAACAUUUGAGACAAUAUUCUAAUUACAGAUGUACAACCAUUUGAAGAGUAAAUCAAAUGAUGGCGUUGGAAUUAAUUGACUGAAAGAGCGCUGCUUCUCUAUGGCUACUAAAACGAUGCAGGCUUAGAGCACUUCACUUUCAUUCUGAAAACUAUUCCCACCUCUUUUUAUACAGUCUGUGGGUUUCAAGAACCUAUUCACGCAUAGGCCUUCAAAAAUUGGAAUGAGUAUGAACAACGUUCCCUUUAAGAAAUCCAUUCAUUUUGGCAAACAUUUCUAGCCCAUUAUUAGUCUCAAGGCACAGGUCAGCUUUCAUUAAGAUGUAAUAAUUGAAAUAUACAGUAUGUUGUUUACCCUAAGAUUCAAGCCUCUUUUUUUUUAAAUUGUACACAUUUGUUAUUCACUGUGUGUUGUCAUCUUUUAUGAGGGCUCCUUUGAAAAUACUUGAGCCAUGUGCCUUAGGUUUUUUUUCUACACGUUUGCCUCUCUCUCCAUUAUUUGAUGAAUUAGGUGUUUGUGUUUACAUUGAUUAAAACAUUUCAG